AAUUUUAAUUAAGGCAUGCUGACACUAUGCAAAAAAACAUUAUUUAAUCCGCAAGUGUAUUAUUGUGUUGCCUUAAUACGUAAGCUACCAAAAAGGCAUUAUUAUGAUAGCAAAGUGGAACCAUUUGAAAAUGAUGCCAUCGAUGAGUUUACCACACAGUUAGUGCAACGAAGAGCUCAAAAAUGGGUUGCCUUCACUAAAAGAAAAGCAAUUUCUGGGAAACACAUCCUUUUGCAUAAAGUACCUGAAGUUAAUAUUGAGAAUUUAAAUGUACAAGAUAUUGACUCUCUGUUUAUAAAUGCAUUGGAUGACGAUGAUGAACUAACUCUCAAAAAAGUGCUAGAACAAAGUAUAGCACUUAGAAAACUUCCUUCUUUAAAUGUCCUUUUACGACUUUUAACUUCACUUGCUCAAAAAGGCGAUGUAACAGCUAUUGAGAGUAUACGGGAUAUCUAUCGCAUUGUUGACUCUUCUGUAUUUAAAGAAAACUCCGAAUUUACUCAUUUCUUGGCAGAAGCAGUAUGGAUUAAUGGGAAUAUAAUUGAAGCAAUUAAUUUAAUCGAAGAUGUCUACAGAAAAAAUAUAUAUUUACGGCGUAGAAUAAGAAUAAUGCUGAAAUAUUUAAUACAUGAUGGAGUUUUAAAUCAAAGUGAAGCUGUUCUUCAUAAUGUAAUCAAGUUUUGUGAAAGAAUAUCUGUAGAAUUCCGUGACUAUUAUCCCUUGGUGCUGGUCUGGGAAAAUUGUAUACUAAGUGACUGGUUUAGUGACCAGUGUAUUGCUGUGGAGUUGCUUAAAAAACAUGAAAAACUGUGCGAAAUUGUGACCAAUUUACUCUCAUUCGUUGUAAUGAGUGCCUUGCAUAAAAACAAUACAGACGUUGUAUACAGACUGUUAGAAUUGUUUCUACAAAAAAAUAGAAAUAUGCAAACUUUAAGAAUCCUUGUAACGCUUUUUGAUUACAAAGUUUGUCAAAGAGACUUUCGAGGUUGUUCAGAAAUAAUAAAAUGGUGCCAGGAGAACAACUUUAUUCUUCCAUCAGUACAACAAGAGAAAUUUAUAAAUUUAUUGUUGAAAUAUGGCAUUAAAGCUCACUCUACUGAAAACACUACAAAACAAAUGUUGAAUUCACUUCCUAUUCUUAAGUUUUGAAAUAUUUAUAAAUAGGUUCAAUAUUAAUUAAAUACAAAGGAAUAAAUAAAGU